CACCAACGCGCGAUUCAAGCAGGAGUUGGGAAACCAAAGCUCUCCCGAAGCCCCAGCUGAGUUCUGUUACACGCACGUUCUUGAUGGCCUCAGUGUGUCCGCUCAAGGGCCCGGCACUCCUACCCCUGGCCACUAACCACAAAGGGCAAAGGAGUCCUGGCCCUGGCACUACUGCACGUUACUGCAGGGCCCUGGUUCCCUCCGUUAUUGACCCCCCCGAGACUGGAACACUAACUUGCAAGCAAUUGGCAGAGCCAACAAGGUCGCGGCAAUGUCCCAGAAAAGAUUCACCGCGUUUGUUUCGUCACAUCGGCAUCAAGCUUUUUGUCUCAUCAUAUUCGCUCAUCCGGCUGUCCUUCCGCGUCAUCCACGAGCCGAUCUUCUCUUUCCAAACCCGGAUUCUUGGACGGCGCAGUGUCUUUCAAAGCCCACCACGCGUUCGUCGUCCCACAGCCCGUCCCAGCGCAGCGGGUCAGGGCAGAACCAAGACGCCUGAGCAACCGAUGGUUACCCUUCUUGUUGAUGUUCCUGUUUUACCAACCGUAGGCGUCGGUGCCAUUUGUGCACAAAGCUCACCUCAAUGCUCAGGCUGGGUGCCACGCCGUCUGUGUGCUGCAACAGCCAGUCUAGCUCAGCCCCUGACCUUGCUUAGUUCCUAGACUCAUGAUUCUCUAUCCAUCCGACCCUUAUCUCUCGUGGGGUUAGGUGAGAUUUCUACGACAUGAGAAAAUCUCGUUCCCUGGUCACAUAGGCGUCUAAAAACAGUCCAUGAGUGUUCUGCCGUCCCUUCCAACCAGGAAAUGAGGAUGUAUUGGGUAGUUCGUCAAGAUCAAGACUCGUCUUGGCAAUACUAUGGCGCCUUCAAUGAAAUGAAAUGAGCCAGCAAUCUCCUCAUAUCGAUAGCUUUUGACUCAAGCAAUUCAACGGAUUUCAUGGCUUGGAGAGCAAGCUUCCAACUGAAAUAAUGGCUGCAUCGCCAAACGUUAUCUGGUCUAUGAUCACGGGAAAAGGCAUUGCACACGUUUCAAAGCAGCCUUCAUCGUCCAGAUCCCACGUGUUUUCUGGGCUGAUUAUGAUAGACAUGCUUAUACCAUGCCUUUAGCUAGAUCUUGUUCCAAACCAUCAGUGGUUAUCCUCCACAGCAAGGAAACUCCUUAAAACUAGGAGAAGAUGAAGCAAUCUGCAGAUGCGGUCAUUGCUCAACCUUGGCCACGGUCUGUAUCCUCCUCGCCAUCCCCGACGCUAAAACGAACCACAAGAUGUUUAGUGGGCUUCCAGAGCUUGCAACGCCGGACGCGUUUCUUCUGAUGACCCGCAAAAAGGGUCUUGAGCUAGCGCGUCAUAUGCUGCCCUGCUUUCAAGUUCAGUCCUGUCAGUCGAUUAAAAAACGAUAACAGGAUGCGUGAAUGAACGCGCAGUUGCUGUGGCAUACCUGAAAUUGCAAGUCUCGCAGACUAUGGGCUACUAGUCGAAGGGAUGUAAACGGCACAGCGUAUAUGAGAAUGAAGAGAACCAUGAAGCCAUACAUGGGAAAGCACGAAGCCAGUGUCCCAAGGGCUCCGAAUAUACGGAUGGAAAUGCAGUGGGGUAGAAGGGCUGGGUGAGAAGACCCUUGCAGUUUUCACCGAUCCCCUCUCUUCUGGGUCUAUUGCAUGUCUUCUGCGAAGUGUUGCCAUGUCAAGGUCUCGGUAAGUAAUUUCGAACUUUCAUUAGAUCCCUCCGAUUUUGAUUGAAAGGAUUCCCCGGUUACAUUUGUCCAUGUCCAUUUCUAGAUAACGAAUUGUUUGAUCAUACAUACAUAGAGACCGAUUCACUGUGUUCAUGUCCCACCUCCAGUCACCGAACUCCCCACGACGUCAAUGGCCGAGCUUUGGUCCUCUGUCGAGCAUCGCUCUGAGGCCAGCAGGCUUGAUUGUGUGUCACUCUAAAUCCUGAAGACAAAAAGUCUAUCAAACCGGGCGCCGGAAUCCAAUGUCAUUAUCUGCCACGAGCUCAGCGUGCUGAACUGCAAGUAUCGUGUAUUGAAUGGGCAGCCGAGAAAGAAACAGAGUCCAGAUAUUAAGACUUGCUGCUGCGUUGUCAUUACUACCUAGUAACUAAUCCGACUGCAGAUACCGACUUUUCCUUCUUUCUUUUUUUUGUGCUUUGGCUUUGAGCUCUUGUCGUUGUUUCAAGCUGCAGAGAAAGAAAAACCUGCCCAUUGACGCACGCAUAACGACCCAUCUCAUCGUUGUGUCAACAUCCACUUAUUCAUAGUUGCUUCUGUGGAUGUGAAAAGUUUGCAGGUCAUUUUUGAUUGUUUGGACCUCUUCAUUCUCUGCUUGACGGCGUUUCGUCGUGUCUAUGUAACGGCUUGUGUUGUUUCCUCUUGCCUUAACCUGACUGACAUACAAGAUAAGGUAAUUAAGACUCACUGAUGGUCAAACAUCUUGCACCCACUUGGUCUCUGUCUGGGUAGGCGGUUAGGGCGUCCAUGGCACCACCACGGACCUCAUGUCGCCUUAUGACGAGUCCAGCAUCGUCUGAGGUUACGGUUAGGGAAAUGCACUCGCACUCAGACACAGGCCCGUACGCUCAAACUCGCACAGUACGCAUUGCGAUACCGACACUCAAGUCUGCCUGAUCGAUGUAUCCUUGCAUAUAUCCUACCUGGACUAUCCCGGCCAGAAUGGGCCUUGCAGAGAAGGAAAAACCCCCCAGAUUCCCGGGGCUUGUGUCCGUCGAGACGGGCCAGGGACAGCCCAACGCAACCCACUCGAAGCCCUGUCGAGGGACCCCCUUACCACCGCCCUAGUCUCCCUUAGCCCCAGUUCCUAGGGCCUGUCUAAUCUUUGGGAGGGUACAAGCUGCCUUGCCCCAAGAUUGCAUCAAUCUCUCGCUCAUCUUGUUAACUUAUAUGUACAUUGCAUCCUCGUUGUUAUAAUCUUGUUGUUUGAUCUCCCGAUGACCUUUCCCACCCCUCAUUUCGAUACAUUUUUUGAAACCUCGUGGCAUCAUCUGAUCUGCCCUAUCCCAAGUCUCUCUUUAAGGUCUCACUUACUCCAUUCCUUACUAUAUCUCACUGCCCUGCCUGGUUUAAAUCAAGAACAAGAAGUUGUGGAAUAGGCCAGUUUCGCAAGUCAUUGUUUACAUACAGGGCACGCUCCGCCGUCGCCCUCCUCUUGGAGGACUUGUGUAAUCAUGUGGGCUGCUACAAUGCCUUAUUACUCAGAAUACCAGUCGGAUCGUUCCAGGCGCGAUACAAACCAGAAUGCUCAAGCCAAUGCCAGUAAUGAUGUCCAUGGCUACCGCGAUGUAUCCCCCCACACCCGGCACUCACCCAUCGAUCUGGACGAAUACAUGGUGCCAGCCAUAGAGGGCCCUCCAUCACCCGAGAGAAUUCGCCAAUUGAGCAAGCAGAUGAAACAUGCGUCUCACCUUAAUCGAGGUCACCGGGCUGUAUCGUCUGGGUCUUCGUCGUUUGUGAAUAGUGAGCGAGGAUGGGAGCAGGGAUUCGAAAACAUGAGCAUUACUCGGCACUCAUCCCAGCGAUCUACGACUAGCGGAACUUCUUCCUCUCGAGACCGACCCGACAGUGUGCAAGUACUGGGCAAGAAUAUCUUCCAUCGCCGUGCAAAGUCGAGCAAGUCAGGACGCUCGAGACGUGAGAGCAGCGCCCAGAGCUCAUCGGGAAGUUCAUUGUACUCGACUGAAUUGAGCAGCGAAACUUCCUUGACCACCUUCAAGGACGCCAUCAUGCCUACUAUCUUUGCCCGCCGGAAAACAUCUCGCGACGAGACAGCACUACAGAAGAAGCUUCAGAUAUCUGGGCCUUUCAACUUUCAGCAUGUGACCCAUACUCCACGCGAACAGGUAGCCAACUCAGCAUCUCGUACUCCUGGACAGGAGCAACCCCAACCCAACUUCUACUCAGACCGUGUUGUCGAGCACGAAGUAUCUCCCCGUAGUUCAAGAGCCUCUAACCUUCCACGUCGAUUGAUCAAGCACGCUCGAUCCCAGGAGCAGCUCCGUACCAGCCCACCUCGGCCAGUCCGACCCCCAAGACCUCCUCCGCUUGAGCCACUUCACUCUCCUACUCUGGGUGCCCCUAUUCCUCCCCCAAGAGGCUCAAGCCGACAGUCCAGCCUGCAAGAUGGUGACGCACUUGCAGUGGCAAGGUUUGAUCGUCCACUGACGAGCGGUGGGUUCCGACACCCUCAGCCUUUCAGCCCUAGUGAGAUCAUGGAGCGACCUCCAGCAACAUCUCAUGGUUAUGCCGUAGCUCCUGAGCAGGCAGUAUUGCCAGUAGACGAUCACCGAUUCUCGCAUGCGAUCACCACACCAGAUGAUGCAGCCUGGCCACUUCCGGUAACCGCAACUUAUGAGCCACCAUUGCCAGAUGUGCCAGAGGAGGAAGAACAUAUGGUAAACAUUGGACGAUCACCAAAGAGUAUCAUCAGUACCAGGUCUUCGCUGCGUGCUAGCCAAUCAGUCCCUCUUCUUCGGGGCUCCCAGACUCUCGAGAAUGAUGCUGCCCAACACAGUGCUGGACACUACAACGGCCAAGCUCACUCCUUUAGAGAGAGCUGGGAGGAUGAUAUCGACUACUGCUACGAGCACGAGGCCGAUGCCAACUUCGAUUACGAGUGGGAGAGACCGUCGUUGGAAGGUGGACGAGAGCAUGCACCUGGAGUUCAAGUGGCAUUGUUUAAAGAUGAUGAGUUGAGGGAGCUACCGACCAUCGGCACUGCUGAGUCGUCUCCCGGUAUGCUUUCCGCGUCCCGUUUUGAUAUGCCGGCUCUAAGCCCCGCUAGUCAGGCUUCGCCGGAGAGUGCCUUCGAGGCCGUCACUCCAAGCACGGGAGUCGCUGUGACAAAUAACUUCUCGCUCCCACGCGGUGACAAGGUCCACCGACCGUCCAAUCUUAGCCAUUGUCGAAACGACUCUCGAGCAUCCAGCUUCAAGGAGUCGUAUGGCUUCACCCUGUCCCCUUCGCUACUCAUCCCUGGUGACUAUCAUCAACAGAUGCUCCUCAAUGAGACUGAGAGACAGAGCUAUUCGGGUGAGGAUGAUGUGGUUCAUGGUAUCGUUGACCCCAACUACCCCUAUGAGGAUGUCAGCAACGCUGCCAGCCGCAACUCUCUUCAGAUGUCUCAUCAGCGCGCAAGCACUUCCACUACAGCUACCAACUCUACAUCCCUCUCUGACUCAACUGGAGAGCGUCAUGUCUCUACCAACUCCACCUGGACUAACUUGACUCGCCUCACCAGCAGCACGUCAUUGAACAAGUGGGUUGAGUCAAACAAGACAAUCCGCGAGUCACAGAUCAUCAAAUCACACGAUGAUAGCGACGAAGAAGACACUACUCCUCCUGCCUCUACUGAGAAGGACACAGUCCCUGAGCUCACACCAUUCCCCUCUGUGCCCAUCACCAAGAAGCCUCACCACAGGAGCCACGCAAGCGAGUCUAUCGUCAGGGAUGAUAUCCCCAACAACACCAAGUCUGUCGAGCUUCCCAAGACCCGACGUCCUCGUGCUAGAACAACAAGUCUAAGCACCCAGGCCCCUCCUGUGGGUCAAUAUGCACUAUUUCCCCGUACAUAUGCCAAGGGCAAUGGCGAUCGUAUCUAAAAUGAUUUGAUCGCUCCAUGUUGAUUUGUUACCUCUUUUCGACCUCAACACUGGAGGCAACUUUCUUUUUUUUCUGUUUCAUCUCUCUCUCUCUCUCUCUCUCUCUCACACACACACACACACACACACACACAUUCUCACGUGCGGCAUAUGUCGCCUCAUAUUGCUUUUACACAAGACACUGUGCUCCUGGGUGUGUCAGCCCACAGUUGGAUUUCUUUUGUAUGGGUUUGAGCUUCGCCGCGAAAGGCAUUCUAUACUUGGGCCUCUGGUCCUGUGGUCCGGCUGUCAGGCCUUGACCUUCAGCCUCCGGCAACCAGGUCAUUUAAGGCGUACUUUUGAUCUGCAGAAAGCAGUUCACGGCAUUGGGGGCGGUACUGAAAAGCUAAACAAGGCAUUGGGUGUGUUUUUAUUUCUUUUUUCAUCCUUACUGCAAUGUCUUUUCGGAGUCGGCCACUGGGGGGUCGGCCAACGGGUGAGAACAAGGUCUAGCUUUGUGCGAGAGAUCUUUUGGGAAUCAACUGGCGCAAUAUUUCCAGUUAUGACGAGUGAUGGAUUUAUGAACUUUUAGACAAAAAUCAGCGGCACAUAGCAGUAAGCUAUCUAUCUUAUCCUGUACAACAUACCGGCACCACAGCCAAAAAUGCAUUUCUGCCAAGCGCGCUGACUUUGAGACAUUUACUUGCUUUUUGUAUAUAUACUAAGUUAAAAAUGACUAAAAAAAUGUUGAAGUUUAACAACCAAGCA